AUGGGAAGGUUGAGAUUCAAGCACCUCUGUUGGGGGAGCUUUGUUGAGUCUGGGGGAACAUUCCAGACUGUGUUAAUAAUCUUCCUUCUGAUUCCAUGCUCCUUGACUGUGGUGGAUUAUAGGGCGGCGCCAAUUUUGCCAAAAGAGACUUUCCUUUGGAUCUGGAAUGUCCCUACUGAAGCUUGUAUUGGACCAUUUAAUCACUCAAUAGAUUUGAGUCUCUUCCCUUUAAUCGGAAGUCCCCGAAAAACUGCCAAAGGGCAGCCUGUUACACUGUUUUAUGUUGAUCGACUUGGCCUCUACCCCCACAUAGAUACAAAAAUGGUAGAUCAUCAUGGAGGAAUACCUCAGUUGGGGAAUUUGGGAGAUCAUCUGGCCAAAGCUACGACUGACAUUGAGAAUUACAUUCCAACAGACCGUUUAGGCUUAGCUGUCAUUGACUGGGAAGAAUGGAGGCCCACCUGGUUGAGAAACUGGAGACCCAAGGAUAUCUACAGGAAUAAGUCUAUUGACUUGGUCCAGGCAAAUAAUGCAGGAAUUAGUAUCUCAGAUGCCACCAAGAAAGCCAAAGAGGAAUUUGAAGAGGCAGGGAAAAAGUUCAUGGAAGAGACUUUAAAACUGGGGAAAUCGGUUAGACCAAAACACUUAUGGGGUUAUUAUCUAUUUCCUGAUUGUUAUAACAAUAAGUUUCAAAACCCAAAUUAUGAUGGGAAAUGCCCUGAUGUGGAAAAGCAAAGAAAUGAUGAUCUUAACUGGAUGUGGAGAGAAAGUACUGGCCUUUACCCAUCUGUCUAUUUGAAGAGAGACUUGAAAUUGAAUCGACAAGCAACACUCUAUGUCCGCUUCCGAGUAGUGGAAUCUAUCAGAGUGUCCAAAGUUCGGAAUGAAAAAGAUCCUGUCCCGAUUUUUGUCUAUAUCCGUAUUGUUUUUACUGAUAACACUACUGAAUACCUUCUGAAGGAGGACCUUGUGAAUACAAUUGGUGAAAUUGUUGCUCUGGGUCCUGCUGGGAUUAUAGUAUGGGAUGCUAUGACUUUAGCGCAACGUGCGCCAGGUUGCCCAAUCCUACACAAUUACCUCAAGACAACCCUGAAUCCAUACAUAAUCAACGUUACCCUAGCAGCCAAAAUGUGCAGCCAAACACUUUGUGAGGAAAAAGGUGCGUGUUCAAGGAAAAAUGAAAGUUCAGAUGUAUAUCUUCACUUGAACCCAAGUCAUUUAAGUAUUGAAUUAACCAACAAUGGAAAGUAUGAAAUCCGUGGCAGCCCCAGAGUUGGAGACCUGGAGUAUUUUUACAAACAUUUUCAAUGCAGCUGUUUUACCAACAUGAACUGUAAGGAGAACUCUGAAAUAGAAGACAUAGAAGAUGUUAAUGUGUGUGUAGGUGACAAUGUUUGUAUAAAGGCUGAAGUAGAACCCAACCUAGCAUCCUACCUCCUACCUGGCAAAAGCCUUCUCUUUCUGACAGCCCUCAUGCACAUACUGCAUCAUCUGCCAGAAGAUAUUUUUCUUUUUCUGGGGAAGAUGCUAGUUGGUGCUCCUUAG